CGGUUAUCAAAAGCCUGAUAUCUCUCAAGCUGCAAGAUUAGCUAAGCAACAUGCUCAACAAGAUGAUGAUGAUGAUGAUGAUGAUAAGGAAAAUCUUUUUAGCUCUAUUCUUAGCAAGGUCUUCGACAGAGAUGAUGACGAUGCUCCACAAAAGCAACAAAUGAAUGAACAUGAGGCACAAACAGCUGCACAUGCUUAUAAUCAAAUCUAUAAUCAAAAUAAUGGACAACCAGGCGGACACUCGUCACGAGAUUUAGGUUCUGCAGCUGCUAUGCAAGCUUUCAAGUUGUUUUCAGGUGGUCAUGGCGGUCAGCAACAACAACAACAACAAAGUGGUGGCUCUUCAAAUCAAUUGAUUGGUUUAGCUAUGGGUGAAGCUAUGAAAUUAUUCAAGGCACAAGGUGGUAAUGCAAGUGGUGCUAACAAGUCAGAAAUGCUUCAAUCUGCUGCUAUGAUGGCUAUGAAAUUAUUUAUGACGCAACAACAGGGCAAUAAACCACAACAACAAAGCAGUGGUGGAUUAGGUCAAGUUAUGAGUAUUUUGAGUAGUCUUAGUGGUGGAGGUCAACAGCAACAACAACAACAACAUAGUAGUGGAGGAGGUGUAGCUAGUUUGAUAAAUAAGCUUUUCUAAAAUUUAUUUUCGAUAAAAAAUAAAAAAUUUUUAUGGGUAAAUGAAAAAAAAAAUUGGUUGAAUAUGAGGGGAAAGAGAUUUUUUUUUUUUAAUAUGCAUAAAAUUGCUUGUUUGUAUAUUUUCAUAAUAAAUGCUCUUGUCCAGUUUCUGAAUAACAUUUAA